UGUCAAAGUCAGUUUUUCAGGUUAUUCGCUUUGUUGCUGAUACAUUUUAUUUGAUUUGCUUGAAAAUGUAAAUAAUUACUGUUCGUAACAUAUUUAACUAUUGGCACGAAACAAUUGGAAGAGCAAUAUGCAGGGUGAACAGACGAAAAGGAAGAAAAAAAGACAUGUUAUCUGCAUGGCCUCCGAUUUCUUCUUCCCAAACACUGGUGGUGUUGAGGAGCACAUUUUUAACUUAUCUCAAUGCCUUAUCAAAAGAGGCCAUAAAGUUAUUGUUGUGACGCAUUCUUACGGAAAAAGAGUGGGUGUUCGGUAUUUAACUGCUGGUUUGAAGGUCUAUUACUUGCCAAUAACUGUGAUGUAUAACCAGUGUGCCCUGCCUACUCUGAUAUGUAACAUACCACUAGUUAGAUAUGUUUUAAUAAGAGAGUGUGUUGAAAUAGUUCAUGCACACUCUGCUUUUAGCACAAUGGGUCAUGAAAUAUGUAUAAUCGGAAAAUUGAUGGGAUUAAAAACAGUAUUUACCGAUCACAGUCUAUUCGGAUUUGCAGAUAUGUCCGCAGUGUUGACUAAUAAGUUUCUUCAAAUCUGUUUGAGUGAUUGUGACCAUUGCAUUUGUGUCUCUCACACUGGCAAAGAGAACACUGUGCUGCGAGCCAAAGUGAAAGCCCAUAAGGUGUCUGUUAUACCCAAUGCUGUUGAUGCUUACACAUUUACUCCUGAUCCAAGCAAAAGAGACCCAAAUUUUAUAACAAUAGUGAUUGUUUCUAGGCUUGUGUAUAGGAAAGGAGUAGAUCUAAUGGCUGCUGUGAUAGCAGAUAUGUGUCCCAGAUAUCCUAACUUGAGGUUUAUAGUGGGAGGAGAUGGCCCUAAGAUGUGGCUGCUACAAGAGAUAAGGGAAAAAGGGUUCCAGCAUUGUGUAACACUGUUAGGAAGUCUACCACACUCCGAAGUCAGGAAUGUUUUGGUCAAAGGAGACAUUUUCCUAAACACUUCUCUAACAGAAGCUUAUUGCAUGGCAAUUGUAGAAGCAGCUUCUUGUGGACUCAAAGUUGUCUCAACUAAAGUUGGUGGGAUACCCGAGGUGUUGCCAGAAAACAUGAUCUAUCUGACUGAACCAAAUCUCAGCAGUCUAGUCACUGGAAUUGAAAAUGCUAUGCACGACAUCAAGUGUGGGAAAAUAUUAUGUCCCUAUGAGUGCAAUAGAAAAGUAAGAAAAAUGUACAACUGGCUGGAUAUAUCUAGGAGAACAGAAAUAGUUUAUGAUAGGAUUUUAUUAAACAAGAACAAAACUUUAGGCCAGCAGUUGCGGUGCUACCUCAACGGUGGUGUUUGGCCAUUCCUUUUAGUCAUAAGUCUUAUGUAUUUAUUAUUAAAACUAACAGAAAGAAUACAUAAAAGAAAGCAUAUUGAUAUAGCAAGGGAUUUGAAGUUAUAGGAAUAAUAGAAAUUUAAAAAGUUAAGUUUUGGAAUGAUUUAUUAUAAUACUAUGAUCAAAAUAAAAAAUACACCUCUAACUAGUUUUGCACAAAUAGUUAGUAGCACUUAUUUAACAUUUUAUAAUAUAAUAGUUAAUAAAUAACAGUUUACAUGAGAAUUGGAUGACAUUCCAGUGAUAGAUACACAAGCUUUAACAAUUGCUCCAUAAUAAUAUUAUAUUUUUAUAUUGCGAUGUUGGUUUCUCAUUGUUAAGUAGAUAAUUAUCUGAAUAAGUGUUUUCAAUAAUCUGCAUUUAUUAAAUUUGAUGUUCUGGAGGUUGUGAUUCAGGCCCUGAAAUUGAAAAAUUAUUUUUUACUGUAUAGAAUAAUUACAUUUUUUAAAU